AUGAAAGUUCUCGGUCUUUUCGUGUUCGCCGGCGCGGCGCAGGCAGCUGCGCUUUCCCGCGCGAAGCCGCAGUCUCUUUCGAACAUCACCAUCUUCUCUCCUCCUUCCGACUACAACAUUCCUCGAACUCUCUACGCACGCAACGAGCAGCUUCCUAACGGCGACAUUCUCGCAACAUGGGAAAACUAUUCCCCAGAACCACCGCUGGUGUAUUUUCCCGUCUAUCGAUCCAAGGACUACGGCAAAACUUGGAAGGAGCUCUCCAAGGUCCAGGAUACUGCUAACCACCUGGGUCUACGCUACCAGCCAUUUUUGUAUUAUCUCCCAGAGCGCAUUGGUGCGUUUAAGAAGGGUACGUUGCUUCUGGCGGGAAGCAGCAUUCCGACUGAUCUGUCCUCGACCAAUAUCGAUCUAUAUGCAUCGCAUGAUGAUGGUGCGACGUGGAAGUUUCUGCCUAACGGCAAAUACUUCUACAUUUUUGAAUACGGCUCCUUCUUCAACACAUCAUCGUAUUCAUUCCCGCUCUACUACCGUAUCUCAUCCGACCCAGAGAACUUUGCAUCUGCCCCCGAUAACAAGCUCAUCGUCUCAAGCGGGACCAAGCCAACCUCCUCUCCAUAUGUCGUCUGGACUCCGUAUGGCGGCAAGCACGGUACUAUCAUUGCCAGCUCGGGUACGCAAAGUACUCUGUUCAUUAACAAGGCACUGGGCGAAGGCGAAUGGACAGAGAUAGAGUCGCCUGAGGCACACAGCUACACACGUUCACUGCGGGUUCUCGAGGGUAAUGGUGGGCGAUACUUGCUGGUUAAUGGUGGUGGUGUGUUGCAAGGAACCUCGAAUUCGGUGACUGCUACAGUGAUGGACUUAAAGGACUACCUGUAG